GGAGGGGCCGAAGCAUCGAUGAGCCUCGACUUUCGUCCACUCAAUUUAGUCUUUGACAGCCCCUCGCCUGCUGUGAUGUACAAGCAACUUGUUGAAUCUCGAAAUUUCUGGCCCCAUGCCUGGCAACCUUCUCAAAUGCCACGGAACUCCAUGUGAUUGACUUCGGCAAAUAUGGCAAAAGACGAUUCUCAAGUCGAUUACCAUGCUGUAACUUCGGAAAGACUAGGACAGGUUUUUGAUGUCACCUAUUCUAUUUCUGACUUCUGGGGAUUAGCGACAGCGGCCGUUCUUCAAAUUGCCGUCAUCGCCCUUGUCCUUACAGUCAUAAAUGUAGACAUCAUUCUUCCUUACUGGUCUGAAUGGACCGAAAGAACACGCCUACUAUAUACCACAGGAACGACUAUCUUAGCUACUAUUGUUACUGCAUUGACGAUAGGCAGCAUCCGCAAAGCGUGGUUUAAUCGCAUCUCCCAUUCUCAGCCGACGACAUCAAGCAAUGACAAGAAAGGGCGAUCGCAGAUGCGUGCUCUAACUGGCCUCGCUGAGUGGAGAGAGCAAAUAACAGCCUGGCCGGUAUUCCUUGCGUUCUUGAUCGUCGGACUGGCUACCACUGUUGUUGUUGUUGCGCUGACACCCCGAGCAACAGCCACAAAUGACAUUGGAACUCCUGGUCACAUAUGCACCAGCACAGGUGGUUUCUGCACGAAUGAAUUUGCCAGACGAUCAACAGCAGGACAGCUAUUUUCCUGGACCUUACCAGAUGGCACAUUAAUUGGUCUCGACCAGAACACCACCAACCUUCGUUCAUAUUGUAGCCCUCGACCUGCAAUCGACCUUCUGACUACAGGAAUCGCACAAAUUCUUCCCAGCAACGCUGCGUAUGUUCUUGAGGAUACUCUUAUCACCCAGAGCGCCAUUGGUAUGCCAUGGGACUCGGAUCUGGUGGAUUAUGUCUUCGGCGCGCAGAGGACGCCAGAGUUCAGAUGGGCGUCGAGAUGCCUGCCCGUUUUGACUAAAAAUCCUGUUAGCUGUAAACAAGGCGGAACCGUUACAGUAUCAGAUGCGAAUCGGACACUCACAGUCAGCAACGGCGACUGCACAGUGACCAGUAAUGCACUGCGGGUACAGCCAUCAACCAACGCAGCCACUGUCAUGGGUGUAUGCACAGCGAAGCAUGACAUUGGCACCGCUACCAUUUUGAUUGGUGCAGUUGAUGAGAUAUUCGGCUUCGAAAGGAACGGACUGGUUGUCAAAGACGGUAGCUAUGCACAACAGCUCAAGGAUGCCCUGGAUCUAAGCCCUUUGGACGGCCGCGAGUUCUCUGCAACCUGUACCAUUGAUGUCCCCAGUGCUAUGGGUCUUCGGUCGUUGAAUUACUCACGUGUUGAUGAUUUGAGAGCUCCAGUAAGCACCAAUACCCAAGAUAAAUCACAGCCUGUACACCGAUCAGGUUACGGGUACCAAGUCUCAGCAACUUCGAAUGACACUUGCAAGAUGGUGGAUGAGAUUUCGGACGAGGACAUUGAAAUAGAACAGUUUAAGUACCCUGGGAUGCUUGCUACAGCAGCUGGAGCUUCGUGGCCUCUGCUCGUGGAGAACUCUUUCGACGAUGGGUAUUUCGACACUCUGAUGUAUCUUGCCGCGUCAUCCCGUUCGCUUCAUGGGGGCGAUCCCGUCGAAACUCGGAAAGGUGUGUUUCCAGGUUCGUCGAACAGUUUAGAGGAUGCUUUAGGUGCAGUCACUGCUGUCACUAUGGGUAUUGAAUAUCUUGACUGCAGCUCAGACACGACCUUGAUAGCAGGCGCGCCAACGUCGUACUCUAAAACUAGGCUUGGCCCAAGCAAUCCGCUGUCAUAUUUGUAUUUAUUGCCAUCAAUAUUUAACCUCGGGGUUGUGGGCUGGCUAUUCUGGAGCAGCGUAAAAUUGCGACAAGCAAGAUGA